UCUUAGAAAAUUUUGGAAGUGUAGAAGGCCGUGGCUCGCUGUUUGUCCUCGCUCGAUCGCAAACCGGUUUAUCAAGAGAAAAGCAAUGAGCAUGUCAGUUCGCACGAUGCUGGCCGUGUCCUUGGGCGUGCUAGUGUUGCUAGUGCUCGCUCAGCCCGCCCCUGCUAUUACCAUCCAUCCGGCCGUCCUCAAGAACUUCGUGGGUCCGUACCGCAAGCCCGGGGAGCCCGUCCUUCGCGGCCCGUUCUUCGAUCGCUCCCGCGUCGUCCGGCAGCGCCUGAUGAAGCCCGUGUCCAUCCUGGCGCGGCGACCGGAGGCGGAGGCGUCGCCGCAGGAGAUCUUCCUCGGCGCCGUCGAGACCCCCGCGCAGCCCGAGGAGUGGAACAGAUCACUCAGGUCCUGCGCCGACACCGGAUCAUGCGCCCAGAACGUGGACAACACCCUCAACUAUCUCAUGCGCAUGAUGGAGACCGGCCGACGCUAAAAAGACCAUGCAUAUCAUACCUCUCAUCCUCAUGUUUACUUGUGUUCAUUUGUUAACAGUCAUGACUAGAGGGACGAGCCAAGAGUAGAGGUUGAUAUCUACGAAGCCAAAGUCCGAGACGCCGCGAAGUUUUCGGACGAGUUGCAAGAUUUUUUUUUUUUCCCAAAGAAAGUGAUAGUUUAAUUUGAUGACUGCGUCCGGAUCUGGACUUUUUGUCUAGACUUAAUCUUGUGAGCCUUGUUGUAAUCUUCACUGCUGGGAAGAUUUCCUUGUAUGUAACAUUAUCUGACAUUAUUUAUUCCUUCUUUAAAAUAAACAGAAGUAAUGCUACUUCUCAUGUUCUAGUCUCAUGGGAAUCAAAAUGUUAUUCUUAUGACUAAGAAACCCAUAACACAGAUUUUUGACAAGGUUGUAUACAUAGUCACUAAAUCUUGAGUUUACAUGUAAUGACGUUAAGGCUGGAUGAGAACAUUAUAAAAUCUAAACUAUCUGUAAAAUAGACCAUAGAUGUGAAAAAGAAAAUAAAGGGAAAUUAUAUAC